UCCCGGAAGCCGGCAGCCUGCGCGCCUGCAGGCUCGGGUCGCGCGCCGGAGGUUGCAGAGGAGGCGAGUGGCGGUUCCGGCGUCCGGGAAGGAGAAUGGCCCUGCUGUGCUACAACCGGGGCUGCGGCCAGCGCUUCGAUCCCGAGACCAACUCCGACGAUGCUUGUACAUACCACCCAGGCGUUCCAGUCUUUCAUGAUGCAUUAAAGGGUUGGUCUUGCUGUAAGAGAAGAACAACUGAUUUUUCUGAUUUUUUAAGUAUUGUAGGCUGUACGAAAGGAAGGCAUAACAGUGAGAAGCCACCUGAGCCAGUCAAACCUGAAGUCAAGACUACUGAGAAGAAAGAGCUUUCUGAAUUGAAACCCAAAUUUCAGGAGCACAUCAUUCAGGCCCCUAAACCAGUAGAAGCAAUAAAAAGGCCAAGCCCGGAUGAACCAAUGACAAAUUUGGAAUUAAAGAUAUCUGCCUCCCUAAAACAAGCACUUGAUAAACUUAAACUGUCAUCGGGGAAUGAAGAAAAUAAGAAAGAAGAAGACAGUGAUGAAAUUAAGAUUGGAACCUCAUGUAAAAAUGGAGGGUGUUCAAAGACAUACCAGGGUCCACAGAGUCUAGAAGAAGUCUGUGUAUAUCAUUCUGGAGUACCUAUUUUCCAUGAAGGGAUGAAAUACUGGAGCUGUUGUAGAAGAAAAACUUCUGAUUUUAAUACAUUCUUAGCCCAAGAAGGCUGUACAACAGGGAAACACAUGUGGACUAAAAAGGAUGCUGGGAAAAAGGUUGUUCCAUGUAGACAUGACUGGCAUCAGACUGGGGGUGAAGUCACCAUUUCGGUAUAUGCGAAAAAUUCACUUCCCGAGCUUAGCCAAGUAGAAGCAAAUAGCACAUUGUUAAAUGUACACAUUGUAUUUGAAGGAGAGAAGGAAUUUCAUCAAAAUGUGAAAUUAUGGGGUGUGAUUGAUGUAAAACGAAGCUACGUGAAUAUGACGGCAACAAAGAUUGAGAUCACCAUGAGAAAAGCUGAACCUAUGCAGUGGGCAAGCCUUGAACUGCCUGCAGCAAAAACCCAUGGAAAACAAAAGGAAGAGACAACAGAAUGAGUUGGGAAGGGAAAGAAAUGUCACUGGCUGUUUCAGAAUUCUUCCUGCGUGAAGUGGUGACUUGCUGCUGUACUCUCGUUUUCUUGUUAUUGUUGUUGAAUCUGGCAUUUCAGGGUCUGCAGUAGGUUCAAGCCAAAGUCGGUUUAUCUUUUUGUGCCUCCCGUAUCGCUUUUGAGUUACCUAAAUUAAUUAUUCAUUUCUCCUCACUAAUAGAACUGUAGUUGUGUCCUGUACUUGAAGAAGCUAGAAAAUAGCUCGUAACAGUUACAAUAUUUCUUAGCAUAAUACUGCAUUAAUCAGAGAAAUGUAAAGAAACAUUUGUUUUUACAUCUAUUUCUUUUAUCCUAUAAUUAAUCACUAAAGCAAGAUGGAAUGUCAGAUUUUUAAUUAGCUUUUUCAUGAAUUUGUGUUCCUAUGAUACUUGAAAAUCUUUAAGGAAGAGAUGAAGCUCUGCAUUGCUUUUCCACUCAACAAUAACAUUUUGUAGGGGGAUUAACUCACGGUAGUGUAGUACAUAAGUAGUAGCAAGGAAAUACAAACAUUAAUUAACAAAUCAGAAUUCAUUUACAGCUAAUUGGAUUAAAAAUUACAUCAGUACCUGUAUACUUGCCAAGCAGUAUGAUCUUAAGAGUAUAGGAAACAUCAUAAAUAAGAAUAAAAAGGUAUCAAUUUGAUUAAAAUUCACCAUUUUAUAAGACUAAACAGUAGUGUUAAACAUCUCUUUCCUAAUUAUUCAUAAGGUCUCUGGAUGGUGUUAUGACUGAAUUGUACCUAAUUUAUAGUCUGUGCCCUCUUAGAAUCUUUUAUUAGUUAUAAAGAUAAAUUAUAUAUAUUAUUUGGCCUCCCUGGUGGAAAACUGUCUGUAAAAUUCCAGGCUAAAAGACUUUUGGAAAUACAUUAGGGUAUCAGAAAAGUAAAUAUUUAAACUUUGCUUUAUGACAGCUAUUACAUGUGAAAUAAACAAAAUAGCUUAUU